AUGGAGACCAAUACCGCCACACCAAGUUAUUCAUUGAUCACCGUCCGUCGAAACCCACACCGUAAGGCCAGGUCUACCUCCUUAUUCAAUGCAUCUCGACUUCCGCUUCAGUCCACUUCAUCCUCUGAAUUGCCUAAAAUUUCUUCGUUUCCAAUCCAAGAUGUUCUCUCAGAAAAAAUCCGGCAAAAUUCCCCCACCAUCACUGCCGCCUCGCCCUCGACAUCACCUCCGCAAGAUUCAGUCCUAGAAAACCUCAAAGUCUUUUUGAGAAUCCGUCCUCUUGUGCCACUUAAAGGCUCAAAAAAUAACGCAGGAGAUCAACAUGCUAGUUGUAUUUCGGUGAGCCAGGAUUUUUGUUCGGUUACUUUGUCACCUCCUUUGCAUCUACAAGAAACUAAACGCGUCAAAUCGGAGAUUUAUGAAGGGUUUUCUUAUGUGUUUUCAGAUGAGUCGACUCAGUCUGAAGUAUACGAAAAGAUGGUGAAUCCGUUGGUUGAGAAUUUCCUCAACGGUAAAAGUGGAAUGUUGGCGGCAUUGGGGUCGACAGGCUCCGGCAAGACACAUACAAUUUUUGGAAGUUCCCGUGAACCUGGUAUGGUUCCUCUAACACUCAAACGGAUUUUCAAGUCCGCUCAAGGGUGUGCCUUCCAGUCCUCAAGGCAAUUUUACUUAUCUAUUUUCGAAAUAUGUGCUGAGCGAGGAAAAGCGGAGAGGAUAUGCGAUUUAACUUCUGAUAGACCAGAUCUGUCUAUGCAGCAAUCAACCAUUAAAGGGCUCCAGGAGGUUCUAGUCCAUGAUGUUGCUGAGGCAGAGUUGUUGAUAGCUCGUGCUCUUCUGAGACGUUCUACGGCUAUGACAAAUGCCAACAGCCAGUCAAGCCGUUCCCAGUGCAUCAUCAACAUUAGGGGAGGUACUGAAAUGUCUGAUCCAGAAAAUGAUAAACAAUCAAAUUCUGCUGUAUUAUCCAUAGUUGACCUUGCUGGAGCAGAAAGAGAAAAGAACUGGAAAUCAGGUAUUACUUAUUUUCUGAUUAAAGAUGUGGUUAUUACUUAA